AGAUUACUUCGUAUUGAUGAAACAAAAGAUUGCCAUGGCGUGAUUCUGAAAAGACCCAUCAUAAAGUCCCUCACUUCCCUUUUUCCCUCACUCGUCGCUUCUAAUACCACCCAAAUUCUUCUUUUCUUGACCCGACACCACCAGAAAAAAAGUGUAAAAAGCAUUAAGAACUCAUGCUUACCAUCACUUUGUUAUGCAAAUUUCUGAAAAAUUGACACAAAGAGCCUUUCUUGGUUUCAUAAAUUUGAAUACCAAUCUCCAAUAGAUAUUCCCUUACUUUCUCGUCUCCUUUUUCACCAUUCCAACAUUCCCUUCAUUCUUCAUUCUCUUUGUUUAUGUGUUUUCCGUAUAAAAAGCUUCCCCUUUCUCGAUUCUUUUCAAAACCCCACUUCAAUUUCAUCUUUCUGUUUUGUAUUACCUGUUUAAAUCCUAAACCCAUGUGGUAUUUGGUUUAAGCUCAAAAUCCCAUGCCAAUUAUGCAAAAAUCUUGAACACCCAUCUCAGAUUUGUCGUUAAAUUAUUGAAAUACGAUGGUUGGGAGUGGUAUAUCGGAGGUGAUCACUAGCAAUGGUUGUUCAAAGAUGUAUUCAGAUAUAAAUUGUACAUUGAAUACUAAUUCUUCCAGAGAUCUUCAUCUUCAACCUCCACGUCCUUCUCUUCUUCGUUCUACCUCAAAUUCCCCAUUUUCUGGUCUUGUUAUUUGUGUUACUGGUCUAUCCAAAGAAGCAAGAAAACAAGUGAUGCAUGCAACUGAGAGAUUGGGUGGUCAAUUUAGUUCCCAUUUACAUCCAAAGUGUACACAUUUGGUGGUUCAGAGCUUCCAUGAACGUAAAUCCGCGUAUGCAUCAAAGCACGAUCUCUUCAUCGUUACACUUGGAUGGUUUGUUGAUAGCGUAAGAAAAAACGUGAGAUUGAACGAAUCAUUAUACGGUGUUAAGAGUUUUGGAGAGGAUUAUAUGGCGAAGAAGGAUCUAAACCGAAAUUCUUGUCUUCCUAAUGCUAUGGUGGAUAAUGUUAAAGAAUCUAAAUUGAUACAAAGAUCAAGAUUACAUUUAGAGGAGAAGAAAAGAAGAGGUUUAAUGUUUUCGGGUGAAAGCGUGUACGUUGAUCCCGAUGUUUCGGGUGAGCUGAGGAACAAGGUGGUGGAGGCUGCUCGGGAGGAAGGUGGUUUACUAGUGAACGAAUGGUUGGUUGGUCAACAGGCAACUCAUGUGGUAUGUGAAGUUUCUUCUGUUGGAAAGUAUCUCGGUCAAUCCAACAAUAAUCUUGUUACUCCAUUAUGGUUUCUGAAGACUGUGAAGGAGGCAAGGACACAAAGGCUUGUCCAUUUGUCUGCUGACUUGGCACGCCACCUAGGAACGACGAUGCGGAAUGUUCCAGGUGGCAACGAUGAAAAGGAUGGAAAUAUCAUGAAAUCUAGCCAUAAAGAAAAUCAAAGCAUUGCAAUGCAUGCUAAAAUGGGGGUUAGGAAUCGACGGGCCCAGGCGAUAAAACCAUCAGCUCCAAGCGUCCUUCUGGAUUCAAUAAACUGGAUUAUGUCGGAGCCAUCAUCGACCGCAUAUAUCUGCAACAACUCCUCAUUCAGUAUUGAUGAUGCCAACACAUCUGUUCCAGAUGCUUGUUUCGUCAACUUCUUGCAACCACUCUCCCAAAGGGAAAAAAGUGAGUUGAUUUUUGGAAACCAUUUCAUUACAAUAUUGUUUCCAGUGGACCGGUUUGGGGAGAUGGGCCUGUGUUCGAGGACGUUCUUCAACAACACAGGCUUCACAUGUUGGCAGCUAUUACAUCACAUCUACUCUUUUUAUCAGGAGAACAUGUCAACAUCUGAGAUAGAGUUAGCCAUCCACACUGAUUCCCGACAUGCUGAACAGCUACGGUCAAACUACUCCAACAAAGAAGCUGUGGAAGUCAAACGCAUCGACUUCUUAGGGAGCCGAAGAAGGUUUCAAAUGCUCAAGCGUGUAUCCGGGGACCACAAUAAAAAUGUAUACGAGUUGUUGACCAGAUCAUAGUUCUUGUUCCAAUUUGAUCUCAUUUAUGAGAACAAGACUUAUUCUAGUAAGCUAUGUAUUAUGUAUGGAUGUUUAUUUUUUGACUUAAUAGUGAAAAUACGAGAGAAAGCAAGUUUUCCCCAUUAAAUCCUUUUAUUUAUUUAUUUAUUUAUCUACAAACAUGUCCACUUUCAUUCUUCUAGCCAAUUUUGAGCUUUCCAAGUCGUUGGAGCUCAUAGAGCAUGAGUAAGGCAGCAGAGUCAAAAGAUGUCUUCUUAUCUGCACGUGGG